ACCACCAGAUCCGCUUAUGCAAGGCAUCUCGUCAAUGCUCACCUCCUCCCUCUUUGUGCUUCGUGUUUCUGCCCCGCGUGCGUCUCCCUGGCUGGACGAGUGGAGGAAGCGGGCCUGGUGGGACUGCCUUGCUGCAGGGCUGUGCUGUGUGCGGGGGACCUGACCCACCUGGCCCGUCCCUUGCCGGGCGGACUUCUCCCGUGUCUGGUGAGAGCCCCUUGACACGGUUUGAAAGAGACCAGUUUCAUCAUGGACAUGGGUGAGGUCGCUGGGCACAAGCCUGGGAGGCGGGGUCCUCUUGCCCUCCCUACCCUGCUGCUGCUGAGCUCGGCGGUGCUGGUCCUCCCUGCUGUGGGGACCUCGAAGCAGGAUGUCCCACGGCUCAAGCUGGCCUACAAGGAUUUGCUGCUUUCAAACAGCUGUGUGCCCUUCCUGGGCUCCGCGGAAGGCUUGGAUUUCCAGACUCUUCUGUUGGAUGAGGAGCGGGGCCAGCUGCUGCUGGGAGCCAAAGACCAUGUCUUCCUGCUCAGUCUGGCCGACCUCAACAGCAACUUUAAGAAGAUCUACUGGCCUGCUGCAAAGGAACGUGUGGAAUUAUGCAGAUUGGCUGGGAAAGAUGCCAAUACAGAAUGUGCAAAUUUCAUCAGAGUGCUUCAACCCUACAACAGAACUCACACCUAUGUGUGUGGAACUGGAGCUUUUCAUCCGCUGUGUGGCUACAUUGACCUGGGAGUCUAUAAGGAGGAAGUCACAUUCAAACUGGACACGCACCACCUGGAGUCGGGCAGGCUGAAGUGUCCCUUUGACCCGCAGCAGGCCUUUGCUUCUGUGAUGACAGAUGAGCACCUCUACUCGGGAACGGUGUCUGACUUCCUGGGCAAAGACACGGCGUUCACGCGGUCCCUGGGCCCGGCGCAGGACUACUACAUCCGCACGGACAUUUCCGAGCACCUCUGGCUCAGCGGAGCAAAGUUUAUUGGAACUUUCCCCAUACCGGACACCUACAAUCCAGAUGAUGACAAAAUAUAUUUCUUCUUUCGUGAAUCAUCUCAAGAAGGCAGCACUUCUGACAAGACCAUCCUUUCCAGAGUUGGGAGAGUUUGUAAGAACGACGUGGGAGGGCAGCGCAGCCUGAUAAACAAGUGGACCACCUUCCUGAAGGCCCGGCUGGUCUGCUCCAUUCCCGGGAGUGAUGGGGCGGACACUCACUUCGACGAGCUGCAAGAUAUUUAUUUACUCCCUACAAGAGAUGAAAGAAAUCCUGUCAUAUAUGGAGUCUUUACCACAUCCAGCUCGGUGUUCAGAGGCUCGGCCGUGUGCAUGUACAGCAUGGCAGACGUCAGGGCCGCCUUCAAUGGGCCCUACGCCCACAAGGAGAGCGCAGACCACCGCUGGGUGCAGUACGAGGGGCGCAUCCCGUACCCCCGGCCCGGCACGUGUCCCAGCAGGACCUAUGACCCGCUGAUCAAGUCCACCAGAGACUUCCCCGAUGACGUGGUCAGCUUCGUCCGCAGACACCCACUGAUGUACAAGGCUGUAUACCCAGCCGCGGGGGCCCCGACCUUCAGGCGGAUCAACGUGGACUACAGGCUCACACAGAUCGUGGUGGACCGCGUGGUAGCUGAGGAUGGGCAGUACGACGUCAUGUUCCUCGGGACAGACAUCGGGACUGUGCUUAAAGUGGUCAGCAUUUCCAAGGAGAAGUGGGGCUCAGAGGAGGUCCUGCUGGAGGAGCUGCAGGUCUUCAAGCGCCCAACGACCAUCCUGGCCAUGGAGCUGUCUCGGAAGCAGCAACAGCUGUACAUCGGUUCCCGAGACGGAUUGGUCCAGCUCGCUCUGCACCGCUGCGACACCUACGGGGAGGCCUGUGCUGACUGCUGCCUGGCCAGAGACCCCUACUGUGCCUGGGACGGAAAUGCGUGCUCGCGCUACGCUCCCACCUCCAAGAGGCGAGCGAGGCGCCAGGACGUGAAGUACGGGGACCCGAUCACCCAGUGCUGGGACGUGGAAGACAGCAUUAGUCAUGAAACUGCUGAUGAAAAGGUGAUUUUUGGCAUUGAGUUUAAUUCCACCUUCCUGGAAUGUGUUCCCAAAUCCCAGCAAGCAACUAUCAAGUGGUACAUCCAGCAGGCCGGAGCGGAGCAGCGCGAGGAGCUAAGGCCAGACGAGCGCAUCGUGAGGACGGAGCUGGGGCUCCUGAUCCGCAGCCUGCAGCGGAGGGACGCGGGCACCUACUUCUGCCAGGCCCAGGAGCACAGCUUCGAGCACACAGUGGCCAGGCUGGGCCUGCGCGUCAUCGAGGGCCGGCAGAUGGACGCCUGCCCCUGA